UCUUUGUUUCUGUAUUUUUCUGCAUUUGUUUUAGGAAGCGCACGAGGCAUACGGUCACACGGCACAGCAUGAUUAUUAAGAAAGAAGCGCUGCCCAAUGUCUUCGCACUGACAUCCCUGCGGCGGCGCAGUUCGUGCAGGGAUAAUGGAUCACCGCUGGAAGCUCAGCAGGCGGAGCCAAUCUGCAAAGAGGACGAAGACAGCGAAAGCUACUCGCACGCGACAAGCGGCCUGGGAAGCCAGCUGGACUUGGCCGUCGAACCGAGGAGGGGCAAGUGGGCGAGCAAGGCAGACUUCAUUUUCAGCUGCAUCAGCUACGCCGUAGGUCUGGGCAAUGUCUGGCGCUUCCCAUACCUCUGCUACGAGAACGGAGGCGGCGCAUUCCUUGUCCCGUACUUCAUCUGCCUCCUCACGACGGCCGUUCCCAUGUUCUACUUGGAGGUGGCCGUGGGCCAGUACCUGAGCAAGGGCGGCAUCGGUGUUUGGGCCUUAGCGCCGAUGUUCAAAGGCAUCGGCAUCGCAUCAUUUGUGGUCUUGACGCUGAGCAACGUCUACUACAUGGUGAUCGUGGCGUGGAUUCUCUUCUAUUUGAUCUCUUCAUUCGCAACCGUGCUCCCCUGGAAGCACUGCGGCAACGAUUGGAACACCUACAAGUGCUGGGAGCACAACGAUACCCACCCGACACCGCCGCACAACGGAUCCGUUACGCCUAUCGUAGAGUUCUGGGAAAACCACGUGCUUGGGAUCACAUCCGGACUGCACGAGAUUGGGAACAUGCGUCUGGAAUUAGCCCUCUAUUUGCUCCUCGCUUGGGCCGCGGUGUACCUCGUCAUCUGGAGGGGCCUUCACCAAAGCGGCAAGAUUGUCUGGGUGUCGGCAUUGUUUCCCUACGUUUGCCUGUUUAUUCUACUCGUGAGAGGCGUCACCUUGAGCGGAGCGACCGACGGUCUCUUGUUUUACGUAAAGCCAGAUUGGAGUCAACUGCUAAAACCGAAGGUAUGGAUUGCUGCCGGCACUCAGGUGUUCUACAGCUACGGAGUAGGUUUCGGCUCUUUGAUGACUCUAGGAAGCUAUAAUGACUUUCACCAAAAUUUCUUCAGAGAUUCGGCGGUUGUUUGCAUCGUCAACCCUAUGACGAGCAUUCUCUCCGGAAUGGUUAUAUUCUCCGUGCUUGGCCACAUGGCUUUUCUAGCUGGCAAAACUGUAGGGGACGUCGUGAAGUCUGGACCAGGCCUUGCCUUCCUCGUGUAUCCCGAAGUCGUCACUCGAAUGCCGGCCUCGACGAUCUGGUCAAUACUCUUCUUCGUCAUGCUGCUCUUCCUCGGAAUAAACAGCCAGUUUUGUCCAUCCGAGGCGAUAGUCGCCGGAGUGAUCGAUCAAUGGCCGCGGCUGGUAACACGGCGGAGGCUCAUCACUUUCUGUUUCGUCGUGCUCCAAUUCCUUUUUGGUCUUCCGAUGACGACGCAGGGUGGAAUGUACAUCUUCCAGUUAAUGGAUAACUACGCAGUCAGCGGCAUCACACUGCUGUUCAUAGUGUUCUUUCAAGCAGUAGCGCUUGCUUGGGUCUACGGGACAAGAAACAUAUCCGAUAACAUCAAGGAAAUGAUCGGUCGCCGACCAAUCCUGCUGCUCCGUUUGGGAUGGACGCUGUUCAUACCUGCCAUGUGUGUGGCCAUAUUCCUGUUCUCUGUGAUCAAGUACCAACCGCUGGUGUACGCUAAGACAUAUGCGUACCCGUGGUGGGCCGAGAUGCUGGGUUGGUUCAUGUCCCUGGCCUCCAUCAUUAUGAUUCCCGCAUACAUUGUCUACUUCCUCGCAACCACACCCGGCUCGCUACGACAGGCUGAAGACAGCGAAGAGUCCUCAUCCGCCGCUACUGGUAGCCUCGGCAGCCAGCAUAACUCGGCCAAGGACAAUGCACCGAAGCGCGGAAAGUGGGCCGGCAAGGCGGACUUCGUUUUCAGCUGCAUCAGCUACGCCGUGGGAUUGGGCAACGUUUGGCGAUUCCCGUACCUCUGCUUUGAGAACGGAGGCGGUGCAUUCCUUGUCCCGUACUUUAUCUGCCUCAUCACAACGGCGGUUCCUUUGUUCUACUUGGAAGUGGCCAUGGGACAGUACCUGAGUAAGGGUGGUAUAGGCAUCUGGUCCGUAGCCCCAAUGUUCAAAGGUAUAGGCAUCGCGUCAUUUGCGAUGCUUGCGCUGUCUAACAUCUACUACAUGGUGGUCGUGGCUUGGAUCCUCUUCUAUCUGCUCUCAUCCUUCGCCACAGUGCUUCCUUGGAAGCACUGCGGCAAUUACUGGAACACCGACAGGUGUUGGGAGCACAACGAAACGCACCCAAGACCGCCGCACAACAGAUCCGUCACGCCUAUUGUAGAGUACUGGGAGAACCGCGUGCUCGGCAUCACGUCCGGACUGCACGAUAUUGGGACCAUGCGUUUGGAGCUGACCCUCUACUUAUUUAUCUCUUGGGUCGCGGUGUACUUCGUCAUCUGGAAGGGUCUUCACAAGAGCGGCAAGAUAGUCUGGGUGCUGGCGGUGUUCCCAUACGUGUGCCUCUUCGUUCUUCUCGUGAGAGGACUCACACUCAGUGGAUCGUCCGACGGUCUGUUAUACUACGUUACGCCCGACUGGAGUCAACUACUAAAGCCGAAGGUAUGGAUUGCUGCUGGAACUCAGGUGUUCUACAGCUACGGAGUUGGCUUCGGUUCCCUCGUGACACUCGGUAGCUACAAUGAAUUUCACCAGAACUUCAUAAGAGAUUCGGCGAUAGUCUGCAUCGUCAACCCUAUGACGAGCCUUCUGUCAGGUACAGUUAUAUUUACUGUGCUUGGUCACAUGGCUUCUGUAGCUGGAAAGUCAGUAGGCGACGUCGUGAAAUCGGGACCAGGCCUGGCCUUCCUCGUAUACCCCGAGGUCGUCACUCGAAUGCCGGCUUCGAUGCUGUGGUCCUUGCUUUUCUUCGUCAUGCUGCUCCUCCUCGGAAUAAACAGUCAGUUCUGCACAUCCGAAGGGGUAGUCGCCGGCCUAAUCGACCAAUGGCCAUCCCUGAUGACCCGGCGCAAGCUCGUUACUUUCUGUUUGGUCGUGACCCAGUUUCUCUUAGGUCUCCCUAUGACGACUCAGGGUGGAAUGUAUCUGUUUCAAUUAAUGGACAACUACGCUAUCAGCGGCAUCACACUAUUGUUCGUAGUGUUCGCUCAGGCAACUGCUCUUUCUUGGGUAUAUGGAACGAGGAACAUCUCAGAUAACAUCCAAGAAAUGAUCGGCCGACGUCCAGGCCUCCUGUUCCGACUGGGCUGGACGGUGUUCGCGCCGGUCAUGUGUGUGGCUAUAUUCCUGUUCUCGGUGAUCAAGUACCAACCGUUGGUGUACGCCAAGACGUACACGUACCCGUGGUGGGGCGAGAUGUUGGGCUGGUUCAUGGCCCUCGCUUCCAUGGUCAUGAUUCCUGCAUACAUGAUCUACUUCCUGCUCACCACCCCAGGCACGCUCCGACAGCGAAUCCGAGCGGGUUUGUCUCCACAGCUUGUGGAACGUGACCAGAAGGAGGCAGAGGAGUACCCGUUGAGGUGCACUUGACAAGGUCAACGGAAAGCUCGUCAUUCUCGAGAUACAAUCUCGCGUCUCAACGCGUAACUUCCUCAAGCAAUGCCGCCCACGUUCUUUCCCACGGUGUGUGGUCCAGAGUACACAUGUACCUGAACCGCUACCUCAUACAUACCUCAGUCGUAGACCACGAAGCGAUGAACUCCCAACAGUGCACGUAUGCAUGUCUUGAAACACAAAAGCUCUAGCGCGUGUUCCGUCCGGGGAGGAGGAGGAAUAAACUUUAUUUGUGCACAGCAGAUUUGAGACCUACGCCUCUCUACCUAGAUGACGGCCUCGAACCCUUGGGCCCUGGCGGCAUCUUCGGCCUGCUGGAUUGCCUUGAGUUGCUCUUCCGGCGCACAGCUGAGCAGCGCGG